AUGAACAAUAAAGAACCGGUAAAGUUUCAUCUAAACUCCAAGGUAGUGAGUGGGGCAGUUGGAUACAGGAGUGGUAGUUCCUUGUCCAUACCUGUCAACUUCACUUUUCAGCACAUCCAGAUGAGGAGUGGGAGAGAAAAGCCUCUUUGUGUUUACUGGAACAAGACAGUCUGGUCCAACCAAGGCUGUAAUGUCUCCUGGUACAAUGAUAGUCAAAUUGUAUGCAGCUGCACUCACCUCUCUAGCUUUGCCAUACUCAUGAGCCUACCUCACAGAGAAGAUUGUGUGCUGACAGUGAUCACUCACGUGGGGCUGAGCCUCUCCCUACUGUGUCUCUUUCUGGCUGCCCUCACCUUCCUCCUGUGUCGAGCCAUCCAGGGCACCAGCACCUUCCUCCACCUGCAGCUCUGCCUGUGCCUCUUCGUGGCCAACCUCCUCUUCCUCUUUGGAAUCAAACAAACUCAGCUUAAGAUCGUGUGUUCCAUCAUUGCUGGGGGGUUGCAUUACCUAUACCUGGCUGCCUUCACCUGGAUGUUCCUGGAAGGGCUUCACCUUUUCCUCACUGUCAGGAACCUCAAGGUUGCCAAUUACACCAGCGCAAGCCGGUUCAAGAAGAAAUUCAUGUGCCCUUUUGGCUAUGGGAUCCCAGCUGUGAUCGUGGCUGUGUCGGCAGCAACUAGCUCCCAACACUAUGGAACACAGUACCAUUGCUGGUUGAAGAUAGAAAAAGGAGUUAUCUGGAGUUUCAUAGGACCAGUGUUUGUCAUCACAUUGAUCAACUUGUUCUUUUAUUUGACAACCCUGUGGAUUUUGAGAGAGAGACUUUCAUCACUCAACAAAGAAGUGUCCACCAUCCAAAACACAAGGUCCCUGACAAUUAAAGCCCUAGCUCAGCUCUUCAUCCUGGGCUGCUCCUGGAGUCUCGGCUUCUUCCUGAUUGACUCUAUAGAUGAACCAACCAGAUCAGUCAUUGCCUAUACCUUCACCAUCAUCAACUCCCUGCAGGGGGUCUACAUCUUCCUGGUACAUUGUGUCCUCAGCCGCCAGGUCCAAGAGGAAUACAAGAAAUGCUUUAAGAGAAAUAAGAAAAGGACUGAAACAGAUACCUAUAUGCUGGCUGUUUCAACUAGCCACAGCAGAAUGCUGGAAAAAUAAUUGAAGUUUGAAAGGAAAAAAAUAUGCUACCUCUGCCUGAAAGGAUCUCAUUGCUCACUCCAUCAGCAGACUCCAGCUCCUGGUGGAUCAGAAGAAAGAGAGGGAGCUUUCAUCAAUGGCACAUUCAGGAAGUACCAUCUCUUGCUGUGCACUUAGAGUACUUAGAACUUGUUUCAGAAAGAUGCUUCUGCUAGAUCAUUUUGUUAGAUUUCCUUUAUCACUAUGUCUAUGUCAUGUCCUCAGUGACACGUGCCAUGCAUCUGACCUGUAAUUAUCUGCUAUACAGGCUAUUAUUAACCCUUUUCCCUGGUUGACCACUUUUUUCCUGAAUGGGAUUGGGAGGUGGGGAGGUAAGAAAGAAGGAGGGUUUGAAGAUGCAAAGGUACCUGCCAUUCAGAGGAUGCACUAGAUUAAGGAAAGGUAGGCUUGGGAGAUAACUGUCUGAUUUCAAUUCUUCCACCCAACUAGUUCUUCAAAGGAAUACGUAAGCCAGAAGCUGCCUAGACAUUGACAUGCUGGGGACUAGAAAAGAAGCAGGAAUUAUCACUGGGCUAUCUCCUUCCCUAUAUAAAUCACCUCAUUCAUUUUUCCCCUUCUAUCUUCCUAUAGAAACAAUUCUAACCCUCCUCACACCCUCCUUUUCUGAUUUUAUAAGUUUUUACUUUCAAUAUUGGUAUUGCAAUAAUAUCAUCUGCUCUU